AUGGUCUCUGAUGAGACGAAGGUAAGGCUAGAAUGGCUCGGAGAUUGCCCGGACGAGCCCCGAACCACAUUCGGCGUUCCAUGGCCACGAGGAAAAUAUUAUCCUGGUCGGACAUCCUUCGCUCUUAGCGACGGGAACGGUCAGUUAACACCGCUACAAUCCUGGGUCAAUGCGUACUGGCCAGACGGGUCAGUGAAAUGGACCGGGCAUUCUAUUUCCUCGGAGGAGAGCGUUCCAAGCGGACACUUUAUCAAGGCGAUCGGAGCAAAAGAACAUGUGGACCUGUCUACUGGAUUUCAGAUUCGACAUGACAAAACCGCUAAAGAAAUCUAUGUUGACACUGGAAAAGUGUCCGCCACUUUCCCCACUGAAGGUCCGAUUGUGAUAGAACAAAUCACAAAUAGCAAUGGUAAUGUUGUUGGAUCGCAGGGAAGACUGAUAUUACUCUCUCAGUCUGACCAGUCCAUCAAUUCCGAAUUCCAUGGCUCGGUUGAAGACGUGACCAUCGAGCAGGAGGGUCCUAUCAGAGCAAUCGUGGCAGUCAGAGGAAGACAUGGAAUUCCUGCUGCUGCAGACUCUUCUACCCAGGCCUCAUGGCUUCCAUUCAUCCUGCGCUUUUACUUUUAUCGGCGAUCUGAAGAGAUCCGCAUUGUCCAUACCGUCAUUUACGACGGCGAUCCCCAAAAGGUCUUUAUCCGGGGUAUUGCGAUUCGAUUUGAUGUCCCUCUUGGCAAUGAAUUGCCUUUUAAUAGGCAUGUGCGCUUUGCUGGAGUAAGCGAUGGGUUAUUGGGCGAGUCCGUUCAAGGAAUCACAGGUCUUUGGAAAGAUCCCGGUCAGCAUAUCAGGUCUGCUCAAGUGCAUGGCCAGACUCUACCGCCAAAAGAGACAUGGGACAAUCAAGUUGGAGAGUAUGUGAAGUGGGUUCUUUGCUGGAACGAUUACACCCUGAAUCAACUGUCUCCCGACGGAUACAUGAUGAAAAAGCGAACCGCCCGUGGAUAUAGUUGGGUCAAUAUCCCUGGAGGGACCCGUGCCAAUGGGCUCGCGUAUCUCGGCAGUGCGACCCAUGGUGGCCUCGCGAUUGGAAUGAGGUUUUUCUGGGAGAGGUAUCCAACAGGAUUAGAUAUUCGAAACGCGGGUACGCCAACAGGGCAGGUCACACUAUGGCUUUAUUCUCCGUUAGCAGAGAAGAUGGAUUUGCGUCCCUAUCAUGACGGGCUCGGGCAGGAGACAUACGAUGACCAGCUGGACGCACUACGCGUCACAUAUGAAGAUUGGGAGAAGAAUAAAGGGUCGCCGUAUGGGAUUGCGCGCACAAAUGAACUAUCCAUCUUCGCUUUCAACCGGACACCUUCCUCCAAGCAGCUUUCUAAAGUUGUGAAGCUUCUACGAGAACAUCCGGUCUUAAUUCCUGACAGAGCACACGUCCUAUCUACCAAAGCGCUAGGCACAUACUGGGCGCCCGAAACUACAUCCCCCAGUCGAAGUCCUUCUCAAACAGCUAUCGCGCACAACCUUGACUUUCUUCUUUCCUACUAUGUAACCCAGAUUACGGAGCGCCGAUGGUACGGCUUCUGGGAUCACGGCGACAUUAUGCACACGUACGACAGGGACCGACACGCCUGGCGAUAUGACGUUGGAGGCUACGCAUGGGAUAACUCCGAGCUUUCCCCGGAUCUCUUCUUUUGGCUCUAUUUUCUACACACUGGAAGAGAAGACGUCUACCGGCUAGCCGAGACACUAACUAGACACACCUCCGAGGUCGAUGCAUAUCACAUAGGGCCGUGGGAAGGUCUUGGGACGCGACACGGUGUACAGCACUGGAGUGACAGUUGCAAGCAGGCACGCGUGUCAAGUGCAAUUUACAAGAGGGUGUUUUAUUAUAUAACGGGGGGCGAUGAACGCACGGGAGAGCUGCUGAACGAGACGUUGAAUGCCGGCAAGACGCUGUUGACUUUGGACCCCUAUCGCAAGGUCCGCCCGGAUAAAUCAUAUAUCGCAUCUGCGGAUGCCGUGACGAUUUCGCUUGGGACCGACUGGUCCGCAUUUGCUGCAGCGUGGUUCACCGCGUGGGAGAGACGCAUCCCGAACUGGGAAGAUUCGUUCCAGAAGCUUCGUCUCUCCAUGCAGGGAAUUAGCAAUCUACAGAAUGGUUUUGUCACCGGCACCGUGCUCUAUAAUAUCAACACCGGUGAUGUCCUGCCCCCUUCACAUGACUCGAAUGAUACCGGAGUUGUUAAGGUGUCCCAUCUUUCUGCUAUGUUCGGGUUAUUCGAAAUUUGCGCCGAGAUCAUCGACUCUUUUGGAGACACGCUGCCACUUGGUUUUCAGUCCGCAUGGAUAGAUUAUUGUCGGUUCUUCAACGCAAGCCCCGAAGAGCAAAGAGCCAGAUAUGGUGUUGAUUUUGGAUCGCUGAUCCUGCGUCAGGGACAUUCACGGCUAACUGCUUAUGCGGCGAGGACGCUACAUGAUGCAGGGAUUGCAAGGCGGGCGUGGAGAGAGUUUUAUACUGGAGAUGGCUAUGCGGCAGAUGCGCCGUGGAAGAGUGAGCUGGUGCAUGGGAGUCAGGUUCCUGUUCCCGUGCAGGAGGCUGGAUGGGUGUCGACGAAUAUUUCCGCGCUGUACGGAUUGGCGGCGAUUCAAAAUUUGGCUCUGAUUGGGGAUCCUCUGUCAAGCUCGAGUGGAGAUGAUUGACCACUUCUACUUGCAUUGCUUCGAGGUCCAGAACUCAUGAUGGUGAGCCCAACUCUUCUUUUGGGGGUUUU